GUCGCAAUCAUUCCUCACAACCAAACCCACUCGAUCGUCACAAUAUCUAGCAAGCUGCGAGAGAAGCUCAACCAUCUGAGUGAUCUCUCCUUGUUUCUCGGACUCUCAUCAAAAGGAUGGCAGCUGGGAUGCGCUUCUUGCAGCUGUUCGCGACGGUUCUCGCGUUCUGCUUUGUGCCGGCCAAGUCCGGCUACUGGCUGCCGGCCCAUGCCACGUUCUACGGCGGUGCCGACGGCUCUGACACAAUGGGUGGCGCAUGUGGGUACGAGAACCUGUACAACGCCGGGUACGGGAUCAACAACGCUGCGCUGAGCACGGCGCUCUUCAACAAUGGCUUGUCGUGCGGGCAGUGUUACCUCAUCACCUGUGACACCAGCAAGUCGAACAUGUGCAAGCCCGGCACGUCCAUCACCGUCUCUGCAACCAACUUCUGCCCUCCCAACUGGGCUCUCCCCAGCGACAACGGUGGCUGGUGCAACCCUCCCCGUGUCCACUUCGACAUGUCCCAGCCCGCCUGGGAGAACCUCGCCAUCUACCGCGCCGGCAUCGUCCCCGUCCUCUACCAGCAGGUCGCGUGCCAGAGGCAGGGCGGCCUACGCUUCACCAUCAGCGGUUUCAAUUACUUCGAGCUUGUGCUGGUUACCAACAUGGCCGGGAGCGGGUCGGUCAAGAGCAUGUCAGUCAAGGGGACCAACACCGCGUGGAUCCCCAUGUCCCAGAACUGGGGCGCUAACUGGCAGUGCCUAGCGGGGCUGCAAGGACAAGCGCUCAGCUUCGCGAUCACCUCCUCCGGUGGACAGUACAAGGUCUUCCAGGACGUCGUGCCGGCGUGGUGGUUGUUCGGACAGACGUUCUCCACCUGGCAACAGUUCGACUACUAGCUAGUAUGAACAUUGUACAAUUUGUAUUUCGAUUAUCAGUUCGCUUCAUCAGAGCGAACAUGCAUGGAACUGUCCAGACGCAUACUCAUUAUCCCAUUUUGAAUUUUCGGUUCGUUGCCCAUCGAGUGGAUGUAGAUUUGAAUUGUAAAAUCUAUAAUCCACGGCUCCCUCUAUGUCUCCUCUAUCUGGAACAAUAUAUACUAAGAGUGGACGUGUGCGCUUUGCUGCGUCGUUUUCUCUC